GUCGACAUGAGUGCAUUGGCAUUAUUACAGCUCCAAAAAUAUAACUAUGAUGCAAGCUACUCUGCUAAGAGAAAAUGCUCUCAAUUGUCUAGACACAAUAAGAAAGGCAUUGUCUUUGGAUUAUAGAAGCUGCCCAUUGUUCCGGUUUAAAGCUUCAAGACAAAUCUUUGUUUCAUAACAUCACUGUAAGUUACUUACACUUUCAGGGCAGAAUAUUUAUAAGGCAUUCGACGCCUCACUGGGGUUUAACUGUUCUUAGAGCAUGGGGCAGCUCCACACUGGUAACAUGAAAGGAACAGAGGUGGCAGAAUUACAGGAUAUGUACAAAAAGUUUGUUCUAGAAUGCCCCAGCGGAGGUCUCCAUUUACAUGAAUUCAAGCAGUUUUUUGGCAUUACCAGCCAGAGUGAAGCAUCUGAAUAUGCUGAGAAUGCAUUUAAAUCCUUUGACACGAAUGGGGAUAACAUGAUAGACUUCUUGGAAUAUGUAGCAAUUUUAAACCUAGUACUCAGAGGGAAACUUGAGCACAAACUGAAGUGGUCAUUUAAAGUGUACGACACCAACAGGAAUGGCUUUCUUGAUAAGGCUGAACUAAGGAAAAUGGUGAAGAGUGUCUAUAAUGUCAAACAAGGAUGGGCAAGAAAUAUGGAUACUCAGAUGUCAACCCCGGAGGAAGUGUGUAACAGAAUAUUUCAACUUAUGGAUGAAAAUAACGAUGGAAAAAUUUCACUGAAAGAGUUUGUUGAUGGAGUGCAAAGAGAUGAGUGGGUAAGGAAAAUGCUAAACAUAGAUCCCACAGAAUGGAUCCUUGAACACCAAAGAAAAAAGAAUGCCGAUGAAAAGGACCAAACACUGGAGGAAAAAGACAUGUUGUCAGACCUUCCCUAGCAUUGGUUAUUGUAUGUGAAAUAUUUUCAGCAUGAUGGCAAUUUGAUCCCAUGAAAUGAAAAGUAUAAAAUGGGCAAAUGCAGUUUAGCUAUUAUAUAAUCUAAAAG